GUGAAAACGUAAACAUGGCCGCGGAGAGUAGUGAAGGUUUGCCAAUAUCUCCGUCCGAGAAAUCGUUAACCGGUAGCUUAGUGUCCGAAGAGAAUGAGAAAAGUGUAUCGCGAUCGCCGUCAGCUUACUCGAUAAGGGAGGACAAGUGGCCGGAUCUCGUAGUCUCGAGGCCUAGAAAAUUGGACGCUUGGUGGUUACCCAGACCACGUGAUCCGGUCAUCAUCGAGAGGAGUAAUCUCGUGAAUAUUUCGAAAUUAAUCGUGAAGGAGCUGAUCGAAACCUCACUGAAGUAUGGUCGAAUGCUCGACUCCGAUCAUAUGCCGUUGCAACACUUUUUCAUCGUUCUCGAACAUGUGCUUAGACACGGUUUGCGACCGAAGAAGGGUCUACUUGGACCCAAGAAGGAGCUUUGGGAUAUACUUCAGCUCGUUGAAAAAUAUUGUCCAGAAGCACAGGACAUUACGUCUAGUAUUCGUGAUCUGCCCACUGUUAGGACCGCGAUGGGUAGAGCGCGAGCAUGGCUGCGUAUGGCGCUAAUGCAGAAAAAGCUGGCAGACUACUUGAAAGUUUUAAUCGAUCACAAGGAGGAUAUAUUGUCCGAGUAUUUCGAGCCGGACGCUCUGAUGAUGAGCGAGGAAGCAAUCGUUAUAAUGGGCUUGUUGGUGGGCUUGAACGUCAUCGACUGCAACUUCUGCGUAAAGCGCAACGGUGACUAAUCUUCAAGCAAAAGUGGAAUCCCUGACAACGACGAACGCUCUCAUGAAGGAGGACCUCUCUAUUGCUCAAAAUCACAUACUGUCGCUUUACGAGGAGAACAGACAACUGAAGAAAGAGUUGGGAAUCGAGAUCAAAGACACGAACGAGAACGGGAAACCACCGAUCAAAAUCACCGAAACGACGACUGAAAUCGAGGAGUUGAGAAGUAGAUUAGAGGCUGAGAAGAAAAUGCGGAAGGACGUAGAGAAGGAAUUGGAAUUACAGAUUAGUAUGAAGUCGGAAAUGGAAGUGGCUAUGAAGCUGUUGGAGAAAGAUAUUCACGAGAAACAAGACACGAUCAUAUCAUUGCGACGACAGCUCGAUGAGAUCAAGUUAAUUAACUUGGAAAUGUAUAAAAAGCUACAGGAAUGUGAGCACGAACUAACGCAGAAAGGCGAAAUGGUGAGCCGGCUGCACGCGAAGACCAAUCAGAUCGGCAAGAUCCUGAAUAAUCUCGAGAAGUGCAACCACAUGAAAAAGGACGGCGAUAAUAUUCGUAGCCCGACCACGCCGAGCAGUGUCUCGAAAUCGAUUCUCAAUAAGACCAGUCCCACGUCGCCGCGAUGUUACUCGUCCGUAGACAAUGUACCCGCGGCUGACUAUCAGCACUCGCCUAACAAUCAGCAACAAUCCGCUAACAAUCAUCAGAAACCGUCAAACAACCAGCAAACUAACAAUCAACAACACUCUGAUAACGUUCAGCAGAAAUCUUUGAUUAAGCAGCCAGACUCUCCGAAUAAUAACAGAGAGACGAGGGUUGACGUAGAGCAAGUAAAUGGCGCUAACGGCAAGGGGACUGCAAAGCCUGAUAACGUAGAGCAGAGUAAAGCGAACGGUGAGGUCUCGCAAAUGAAGGCGCAGGAGAAAUCGACCGCAUAAGAGAACACCAGUCUUUAGAGAAUGGUUUUUAUAUUACAUGUGCAUCCUCACACUUCGUUUAACAGCUCGACUAACUUCGAGGGCGUAUGAACGACGGCUGAUCCUUUAUACGAACGUGUUCCUGAAAUGUCCAAUGACAUUUUAAACAGUGUCUAUGUAUGUACGAGUAAUAGCGUAUUUAAUUGAUUAAUUAUUACCCUGUACAUAAUUUGCGAGGUAUCAGCUUUAUUUAUUUCGUUACUUUUUGUUCUAGAGUCUCUUCAGAAGUUUUUUUUUUUAUGAAUUGUUGAACGUGUUAGCCUGACUACCAAUCUCACGAUAAUUUCUUUGUUUAGAGAUAUCGUAUCUUUCAUUGACAAAUGAAUUUCACUUGCUACGUUAUUUAUAUUGUCAGGGAUUAAAAUUUCUUAAUUUAAUUAAUUUCAAGCUUCCCAGAGAUCUAAGAGAGUCUUUCAUUUCUACUAAUAAGAAAUAAAUUAAUAAUAAUAUAUAUCAUAUUCGCAAGAAUUAAUCUGGUAGACGAGUUAAUAAAUUACCAAAGUAAGUGAUUAUUCGCAUUGUUCUGAACUAAGUUUCUAAGGAACAGAAGGCGCUUAUAAUAGAUGUAUCAUUUAAGUUAGUACGAUCGUUAAUCAUUUAUUGCCUAAAAGGAUAACUGUUACGAAAGAAUUUACACAUAUACAUUUACAGACACUAUGAUUGUUAUCGAAAUGGAAUUUAAUCACGAGAAAUGUUGUUGGAUCAUUCAGAAGCACUAACUAUUAUACACUCAACGCUAAACAAGCUGUAUCAAAAAUUAUCACGUAGACCUUUCACAGGGCAAGACUUUAUACAGACUACGACUUGGAAACGCGUAGAAUAUAUCAACGAGAAUGAAAUAUUCGAUAUAUUUAUAAUUAUCUAGCAUCAUUCAUGCAUCAGUAAGCUUUCGAAUAGGACAUCUAUCGUGAUGUGUUUCGAUCGAGACACUCUACUCUAGAUUAUUAGCUGUGCUUUAUUAACGGCAUAGUUAUCAACGCUGUUUCAAUGAAAUUCCUAUUGCGCGCACUAUCGAACUAUCGAACGACAAUAACAUUAGUAGACACAUGUUUUUCGUAUCCUCGUUAUAACAUAUAAUAUCCAGUUGAUAUCUGUUUUAUCGUUCAUUAGAUUCUGGUUAUUAAUUAUUAUUCUCUGUGUGUAGAGUGUCUCGGAUAUUUCAUUUCACCCCAUACGCGGAAACAUUGUACUUCAAUGAAUAUUAAUUAUCCUGUUACAUUGGUAUUAAUCUCCCUCCCUGUCGAAAUAAUCUAUCACCGAAUAUUGUUACUCGUUUAGCUUUUGUCGAGCUUUGUCCGCGAGAAUAAUACCAAUCGACGGAUGAUUAACAUUCCCCAUUUCCAAGUCGACGACAGAAAAAAAAAAAAAAAAAAA